AUGGUCACCAUGGUGACGGGACCAACUUCCGCCCCACUCACCUGCCCAGAGCCCCGCGAGGCGCACCAUGGCAACCGGACCGCUGCGUCGCGGAAUCUCGUCCCUCAGGUCGCUGUGGCUGGGGAAUCGCGGCGGGCGCCGCCCCCAACCCGAGGGGACUCGAAAAUGUACAGCCAGCGAUUUGGCAUCGUACAGCGGGAGGUUAAGGGCCCCACUCCCAAAGUGGUGAUCGUGAGAGCCAAGCCUCCCAAAGGCCAAGGGGCUGAGCAUCAUCUGGAAAGAAUCCGACGCAGCCAUCAGAAGCAUCAUGCUAUUUUGGCUUCCAUUAAGUCAAACGAGCGGGAUCGCUUGAAAGCUGAGUGGGACCAGCACAAUGACCGCAAGUUUGUGGACAGUCUUGUGAAAGCAAGAGUCAAGGAUGCCAUGCAAGGGUUUAUCAUCAAUACUGAAGAAAGACGAAAUAAGUUACGUGAACUUUUAGCAUCAGAAGAAAAUGAAUAUUUCAUUGAAAUGCAAUUGAAAGAAGAAACAAUUGAGGAGAAAAAAGAUAGAAUGAGAGAUAAAGUCAGAUUAUUAAGAGAGAAGAAAGAAAAAGAGAGACAGGAUUUUGUGGCUGAAAAGCUAGACCAGCAAUUCAGGGAACGCUGUGAGGAGCUCCGUGUUGAGUUGUGCUGUAUCCAUCAGAAGGCAGUGAGCAAGGAGCGGAAAGCACAGAUAGCAUUUAAUGAGGAGCUGAAAAGGCAGAAGCUGGUGGAAGAGCAGAUGUUCUCAAAGCUCUGGGAGGAAGACCGACUGGCCAAAGAGAAGCGAGAAGCCGAAGAGGCGAGGAGACAGAGAGAGCUGAUGGAGAACACACGGCUGGGGCUGAAUGCCCAGAUCACCAGCAUCCAGGCGCAAAGGCAGGCAGCGCGGCGGCUGAAGGAGGAGGAGGCGCGCCUUGUGGAAAGUGACAAAGCACAGGUGAAACUUGAGAAUGAACAGGAUAAGCUAAAGAAACAGAAGACAAAACAGGAAAUGAGGGCUGCUUUGCAAAAAGCCCUCCAAGAGAAGAUGGAGCAUAUUCAGCAGGAAUACAGAGAAGAUCAGGACUUGAACAUGAAGAUCAUGCAAAGCGCCCUUCAAAACUUACAGGAAGAGGCUGAUAAAAAGAAGCAAAAGAGAGAAGAUAUGAUAAGAGAACAGAAGAUAUAUCAUCAGUACUUGGCACAGUGGCAUAAGGAAGAAAAAGCUCAGGAGAAAGAACUGGACAGAAUGUUAGAGAAAGAGAUGGAAAAGAAGUUUGCUGAGAAGGGCAAGGAGCUGAGACUUGAAAAGGAGUCAAGAAAACAACUUUUGAAUGAGGUCAUGUGUACAAGAAAACUGCAAGUUCAAGAAAAGUUGCAACGAAAAGCAAAAGAACAGGAAGAACGUGCUAUGGAACAGGAACGCAUAAAUGAAGGUCUUAAAGAGCUUAACCGUGAAGAGAGGGAGGAUUUUACAAGACGCUCCAGUUUAGCCCAGGAGUACAGGAAGCAACUUCAGUUGCAAAUGUGCUCCCAACAGCAAGCCCGUGAAGCAGAGAAGGAGGAGGAACGCCGAGAGUUUGAAGCAGGGGUGACAGCAGAGAAGAAUUUCCAGGACAAGAUCCAGGAGAUCCUGUCCACCCAUCAAGUGCUGCCCCAAAAUAUUCAUCCCAUGCGGAGAGCAUGCCCUAAUAAGCUUCCACCAUAGUUUUGUAAACAUCAACCUAGUUUUUCCCAGUCUUUUACUAUUUUAAACUAUAGUAUGCUUGUAUAUCCCUUUUAACUCAUGGAUAAACUGUUCUUUUAUACUCUGAGUUUGCAUAAUUAUAUGCCACGAAAUUUUCUUCUUACAAAUUAAACUGUUCCUUUUUGAGAUUUCAUAGACUGACAAAUCUGAAUGAUCUACUUCCUAUCACAUAGUUAUUUUCCUUAUUUAUCUCCAUGCCUCCCUUUCUUGUUCAUUUAUUAAUAGCUUCACUUUCUUCCAUCCAUCUGCCAAUAUGCCCAUUUCCUCUUGCCUCCUUUCUCUUCUCUCUCACAGACAUAAUUCACAACAUUAGCCGGGCAUUUUUGCAGGCAGAGCUGGGACUAUCAGCCACUUUCAUUAACCCGUUUAUUCAGUCAUUAAACAAAUGUUUACUGAGUACCUUUCAUGUGCCAGCACCAGUCUGGAUCCUGAGACUUCAGCAAGAACAAAGCAAACCCCUUGCUCUCAUGGAGAUUACAUCCUAGUGGAGGAAACCAGGUAAGUGUUAAGUGCUAUAGGCAAGAAGUGGCAGGAGUGCUAUUUUAUUUUAUAUGUGAUAGUCAGAAUAGAUCUCUUUGAGCAGCUGAUAUUUGAAUGAACCAGCCAUGUGGCUAUCUGGGGGGAAAACAUCCCAGGCAGCAGAAAGAGCCAGUGCAAGGGCCUUGGGGCAGAAGUCUGCUUAGUGCAUAUGAGGCAUUGCAUUUGUGCUGGAGUAGAGUGAGGAGAGAGUGGUAGAAGACUAAUUGGAAAGGUAGUGGGGGCCAGAUGAUGUAAGGCCUUGGAACCAGGGUAAAGACUGGCUUUUACUUCUGUAGGAAGCUGUUAUAGGGUUUUGAUCAGAGGAGCAACGUGAUACGAUGUAACAGGGUUGUCGGGUACCAUGUAGAGAAUAGACUUCAAGGAGACAAGAAACAAGGAUUCAGUUAAGAAGUGAUCACAAUAUCCCAGGUUAAGGGUGAUGGUAGUGUGGUAGCCAGCUGCCAAGAUGACCCCUAAUAAUUCUCAAUGUAGAGAAUGUACACACAGAAGUACGUGUUUAUGCCCUUGUAUAGCCCCCUUCCACCCUGAAUCUUGGGCACUAUGUAAAAUGUGUGCAUUUACUGGUUAAAAAAAAAAAAGGUAGAAAGAAAUCGACAUGUUUAUACUCCUAAAGUUCAGCAUUAUAAUUAUUUUCACUUCUUUGAAAAGUUCCCUCCAAGGCUUUUUCUAUAUGGAUACUCAUUUUUACAUUGUAAAUACACUGCCAUGUUUCUUCACCUAUCACAUUUACAAAUGGCUACAUAAUAGUCUACUGUUUGUCCUAUAAUUUAUUAAACAUUGGACUUUGAGUUUAUUUCAAAUUUGUCACUGUUACAAAUUUUUCUAUACAACAUUCAUUUGAAUUAUUUCCUUAGAGUCAUGCAAUUCCCUGGAGUGGGAUUUUUGGGUCAAAGGGGAUAAACAUUUAUAUACUUUUGCUUUCAAGCACCACAUUUGCAAAAGAAGUUUUUAGAGUUGCAGGCUCUUUAGGGAAAUGUUUUCAGGGCCAGUUGGUAUUCUCCCUGAAGGUUUAAAAUGUAUUUAAGCAAAUUGUUUGCUAGAAUCUCUGAGAGGUUUUUUCUUUAACCUUUCUACCCAUUCAUCCACUCUUAACCUCAGCUCUGGGAAUCUAGCUCCUCCUUUGGAUCCUUUCGAGCCUCCUUGUGGCCAACAUUAAUUUCUAAUCCAAAAGUGGGAGUGGGAGUCUUGGCCACAAAAAAAAGAAAAAAAGAAGACUAUCAUUGAAGUUUUGUUGAAAAUCAACUGACCGUUAAUAUAAGGGUUCAUUUCCAGACAUGCUACUCUGUUCCAUUAAUUUGUCUGUCCUUACACCAACACAAAACUGUAGUGAUCAUCACUGUAGCCUUUAAUAAGACUUGAAAUUGGUAGUGUAAGGCAUCCAAUGUUGUUCUCUUUUUUUCCGCCCAAAAUUGUUUUGUCUAUUCUAGUUUCUUUAAAUUUCCAUAUAAUUGUUAGGAUUGUCUUGUCAAUUUCUACAAAGAUGCCUACUGAGAUUUUGAUAGAGAUUGCAUUGAAUCUAUAGAUCAAUUUGGGGAGAACUGCCAUCUUAACAAUAAUGAGUUUUCUAACCCAUGAAGAAGAUCUAUCUCCCCAUCCACUGAGGUCAUGUUUAAAUUUUUAAGCAAUGUUUUAUGGUUUUCAGUGUGCAGGACUUGUGCUUCUUUUGUUCAACUUAUUCCUAAGUAUUUCUCUUCAAUGCUAUUACAAACAGAAUUGUUUGCUCAAAUUCAUUUUUGGAUUUUUCAUUGUUAAUGUAUAGCAAUGUGACUGAUUUUUGUAUAUUGAACUCGUAUCCUGUGACCUUGCUAAACUCACUUAUUAGUUCUUGUAGGGUUUUUUUUUUUUUUUGAGAUUGUGUAGGAUUUCCUAC